UUGACACCAAAGGGGAUUUCAACGGCGACCCACACAGGUGCUUCUGGACAUUUGUGCGUAAUUUGCGGGCGGCAUGAAAAUGCGUGUUUACGAUGUUAAUGCAUGCUGUUUGGCGUAACAGGCAGAAAUGCGCGUCUACAGCGGAAUGGCUCUGCACCUCACACACUGACAGCCGUGCAGCUGGGGCAUGCAUUCACUUUAACCCAGCAGACCAACAAGCUGGUGUGUAGUCUGGAGCAGAUCCACGGCCAAACGACGUCUUGGUUUUCUGCAAUACCACCAUUGGAGCUGUAGGAGGUGGACUUUAAGGAUAAGAGAAAACGUACAAAUCCCUGAUGUGAAAAGGCAGGUGCGUUUUAGAGAUUCGCACCUCGGUUUUUUUUUUUCUUUUGCAAUCUGAUUUUCGACCCGGAGCCUGUGAUAUGCAGCCUAUACCUGACAGAUGUGUGGUACCAGCACCACAACUGCAGCCUACAGAGUGUGUCUCCUCUCUACCUGCUGCUGAUCUGCUGUGGUUGGCUGUGAAGCACUGAGGCUGCCACAGCUGCAAAUCUCACCAUCAUCGUCGUCAACGUUUGCCACUUCAAACACGACAAGACACCAGAGGACAGCUAGGCUGCUUUUGGCUGAUCAAAGAGCCAGCAGUCACAAAGCACCUGUAGACGAUGACUCCAGCAGAGCUGCUCGCGUGAAAGCAGCAUGAGAUAAUUGAGGAGUACUAUACUAAUCGCUGAUUCAAGCUUUUUCUGUCUGGCGCUGAUGAAACUGUUCCAGUGUGUCAGUUGACUGGCAGGGUUGCAGUGCUGUUGUAGCCCUGGACGUAGCCAGCAGCUGAAGCGCAGACACCUCAAAGGAGAUGGCUCGUCCAGGAUCAGGGUUGCUGCUGCCCAGCAACGGGCUGGGAUACCCCCCUCAGAACCUGGCCAGGGUGGUGGUCUGGGAGUGGCUGAAUGAACAUGGGCGCUGGAGGCCCUACAGUGCAGCGGUUUGCCACCAUAUUGAGAAUGUACUGAAGGGAGAUGCCCGGGGAACUGUAGUGCUGGGGCAGGUGGAUGCCCAGCUCUCUUCAUACAUCAUCGACCUGCAGUCCAUGCACCAGUUUCGACAGGACACAGGCACCAUGAGACCAGUGCAGAGGAACUUUUACGAGCCGUCGUCUGCUCCGGGGAAAGGCGUGGUGUGGGAGUGGGAGAACGACAACGGCUCGUGGACGCCGUAUGAUAUGGAGAUCUGUGUGACCAUCCAGAACGCCUACGAGAAGCAGCACCCCUGGCUUGACCUGACCUCUCUGGGCUUCUGCUACCUCAUCGACUUCAACAGCAUGUGUCAGACCAACAGGCAAAGCCAGCGCAAGCGACGCCUGCGGAGACGCAUGGACCUGGCCUACCCGCUCAUCAUGGGUUCCAUCCCUAAGUCGCAGUCGUGGCCCGUGGGAGCCAGCUCUGGCCAGCCCUGCUCCUGCCAGCAGUGCAUCCUGGUCAACAGUACGAGAGCCGCCUCUAAUGCUAUUCUGGCCUCCCAGCGGCGGAAGCUCUACGGAGGGACAGCGGGAAACCCGGGCGCCACAGGAACCCUCGCUGUAGUGCGGCAGAGCAACACCUUUGCUGGAACCUCCCUCUGGUCGCCGACAUCCGCCUCCUCCGGCCCCAACAACAUUAACAUAAGUAUGGGAGGUGGGCAAGCCAAAGCUGAACAGGUGCAGUUGCCGCUGUCCUCUGCCAAUUUCCCCAGUUCCCCCAUGAUGCCAUCUCUUUCAUCCGCCCAUGGCCACCACGCCCUCACCAUCAACGGACAGAACAACCUGAACCGGCCAGGCACCCAGCGCAUUUCCAUGGGCACUGCCAGAGGAGCCAUCCCACCAGGGGUUCCUGCCCUCCCAGUAAAGAACCUGACUGGAUCUGGACCUGUGCACCCAGCGCUAGCAGGUAUGACAGGUAUCCUGAUGUGCGCUGCAGGUCUGCCGGUUUGCCUGACUCGGGCCCCCAAGCCCAUACUGCACCCACCACCCAUCAACAAGAGCGACAUGAAGCCUGUGCAAGGGAUCAAUGGCAUGCGCCGCAAAACCAAGAAAAAGCACCUGAGGAGAGGCAAAAACCCAGAGGAUGUGGUGCGAAGAUACACAGAGAAGAUUAAAGUGGUGCCAGAUGAGGACUGUACCAUCUGCAUGGAGAGGCUGGUCAUGUCAUCAGGCUAUGAAGGCAUCCUGCAGCACAAAGGCAUCAAGCCAGAACUGGUGGGCAAACUUGGCAAGUGUGGGCACAUGUACCAUCUGCUGUGCCUGGUGGCCAUGUACAACAAUGGCAAUAAGGAUGGCAGUCUUCAGUGUCCAACAUGCAAAACCAUCUACGGGGAGAAAACAGGCACCCAGCCUCCUGGGAAGAUGGAGUAUCAUGUCAUCCCCCACUGCCUGCCCGGCUACCCGGACUCCAAGACCAUCCGCAUCGUCUACGACAUUCCUGCUGGGAUCCAGACCAAUGAGCACCCCAACCCCGGGAAGAAGUUCAGUGCAAGAGGGUUCCCUCGUCACUGCUACCUCCCUGACAAUGAGAAAGGCAGGAAGGUCCUGAAGCUGCUCAUCAUGGCCUGGGACCGACGCCUCAUCUUCACCAUCGGCACGUCCAGCACCACAGGCGAGUCGGACACGGUGGUGUGGAACGAAAUUCACCACAAGACAGAAUUCGGAUCCAACCUGACCGGCCAUGGCUACCCCGACCCCAACUACCUGGACAACGUCCUGACAGAGCUGUCGGCCCAGGGGGUCGGUGAGGACAACUUGAAGGACUGAUAGCGGCUGAGCUGAUUCACAGGAUCACAACCCAACACGCCCCGCCAUCUCCCAGAGAACAGGACCCUGCAUGACGGGCCAACAAGUAGCCGACAACUCUUUACUCCCCACAAACAAAAAUAUCCUGCAGAAGUGGUGGUACAAGAGCAACGGACGCAAAUUAAAUGACGUGGUUAUGGUCAAUAUUUUGAUUUGUAUAACCUAAGGUUCUCCCCCCCCCCCCCCCCUGCUGUCUCUUGAUCCAGAAUACAAAGACAAGGUGAGAUUUCUGUCUUGGUAAAUUGUAUUUAACCCCUUUUAGAUUCAAACUGAAGCUGUUCCUCUGCACUUGAUGAGGGCUCAUAUUUGUAAAUGGGCCCAUAUUUGUAAAUGCUGAACUCCAGAAUGCAUGGCCCAGACUAACGCUGCAUAAUGAAGGUUGGGCAAAUAUCUACAAUCGGGUAAGGUGUCAGUUUCUUGCUUGAUAUUGUGAGGUGAGAUUUUAAGAGAAUUUCAGCAUUUUGAAUAAUCCAAAUGAAUUGAUUAUUUGCGUCCCUCCUUUUCUCUAAUAAUGAAUUAUUGGUGACAGUAAAGUGGUGAAACUUGGUUUUGUGAUUUGAAGGAGAGGAUUUUAGCUUUUUUUGUGAUGUGUCCGUUAAGUUGCACUGGGCAUCUCUGACAUUUUCCACUUCUAAAACCUUCGGUCAGUUCUCUAAAAUGGAAGUGUGUUCUGUCGUGCACGAAGUAGAUUCCAGAGAGAUAAAGGCUAUGAAAUACUAGUGUUUGGUAAUAAACGUAUAUUGUAUUGUCAACCUUGUGACCCGUCUAUGAGAGGACACAUGAAAUAAAUGAAUCAAGCAUCUUACCAGUCAGUUUGAUGCUAGUUGUGAGGUGUUGUGGCUUGACAGGCUGAGGUUGUGAAGAGGGUUUUGCUAUGCUCCAAGGUUAAACUUGUUUGUUUUGUUGACACACUGAUGACGCCGACCUCUGUGAAUAUGAAGCCUGCAUUAUUUUUCUCCCUGUUGGAGACAAAUCCUGGCCUCUUUACAAUCCAUCAUUCUGACCAUACACAAGAGGUGAGUGUGUGAGGGCAGGCUCUGUGGCAUUAAUAUGCUGGCUUGAGGUCCUUUAGGAGAAAAGCUGAACACGCUUCUAGCAGAUGGACGUUUCUCUUUCAAACACCAACAGUGUUGGUCCCUUGGAGAUCCAUCUUGGGCUUCUGCUUGCCAGAGAUCCACACGUCUCUUGAGAACUUGUUUUCUGCUGGGCAGUACACAGGGAUCCACUGCUUGUACAGCGAGCAGGGAAACGUCUUAUUCUUUGCGUCAGCUCAUUCAGAGUUGUAACAGACGAUCCUUAAGUAUACCCCCCACUUUCCUUCCCCUCCCGAACAACAGCAGAGCACUUCUGUAUGUACCUUCUUCUAGUAUGUAGUUCUCAUGCUUUUUUCCUACGCUCCCCUGUUUCCACCUUCAGAUUUUAUGCCCAUGGGGUGAAGACUGUUUGAACGUCCUUGGAGGAGGUCUUGUGCUGUUUCUACGCUCUGAGAUAAAAGACAACCCAGUGCUGCAUAAUUCUCCAUUAAUAUAUCUGAUCAGUUUUAAUGAGAGGGGGUGUUGAUGUAAGGUUUACCGUGUGGGCACCCAGCUGUGAGCUUAGUUUUGGAGUGAAUCGUCGUCUUCCAUAGCACUUGAGGCAACGGUUUGGUUCAAUCAGUCAUUCGAUUUUUAGGAAAAUAUAAAAUUGCAACUAAAUCUGUCUAUUUUUAAGUUGUUUAUAAACCAGCUUGCGAUGCUUUGAAAAAUAGGCCUAUCUAUGAUAUACAUUUGCAGAUGUGAUAUAUCUUUAAAUUCAAGCUCAAUUUGAGUCGAUGGCGUAAGUUUAAUUUAUUUUUAUACUCUUCUAUAUAGUAAAUAUAAAGAUGGCCCACAUAUCUAUACACAGGCACAUGUUAACAUCAAUACAUAAAAUCUGGCAAAGAUGAAUUUGUCAGUAUGUCAGGGACUGUUGAAAUAUGUACGACAUGUUAUGGACGUCUUAUAUUACAAGUAGUCUUAGCGUAUGCUGCUCUCGUUACCUUAAUGUAGAAUCUGUGUAGUUGAUCCCCUGUGGGACUCCAAUAAAUACAGUAAAUGUGUCCUUAUUAUUGGUGGGGGAGCUUUAGCAGCAUGAAGAUGUCCGUUCCCCCCAAAUGGGCCAUUUCUCUUUUUCUACUUGUCCAGAAUGGGAAUGGAUGCAGUCAGCGAUCUUUGUUCAGUUUCAUGGUGAAAACUGCACGCCUGGGUUAAAUAGACGCUAUUUCUUGAGGUUUGUUUUAAGUUAGCUGGAACAACAGAUUGGAGCGGUUGACCUAAGUAAGUUGUCAAUCAAAGUACACUGAAUUACAUUUUUAAAAGGCCCUGAAAACACAAUACAGUUUUCUCCCAAAGUUAACAGUUUUGUUAUUUUACACAACAUUGUUUUUGGUAUGUGUCCUUGCAUUUGUGUUCAUACACAAAGCAAAGUGUAUUUU